AGUGUCUCCUUUUUACCCAAUUUCUUCGAACAUUCAUACACCGUCGAAAUCGAGAUUGGCCACCCAUAAUUCACAUCUACGCUUCUUACGGAAUCACCAUCUUGAUCCCCUAAAACCCUAACAAAAUCACAGACCACCAUCCAUCUUCUCAAUGUCAAACCAUCAACGAUACUCUAGCAAGAACAAAACCCACCAACAAAGAUUCGUACCCAAAUCGUCCCAACCCCUCAAUCAAAACCCAAACCCCAAUCCGACCCUUUCCGAUUCUCUUCGAAAGCAACAAUCUUUAUCGUCUAGUAGACCCCAAAGUGGUGAUGAUGGUGGCAGUUUUGUAAAUUACUUGCCGCAGGAUGAAGCGGUUGCGGCGGGUUUAGGUGCUGAAGAAGGGGGUUUGGAUCCGGUGGAGUCUCAGAGAGUUGUUGAUUUGUUGAAUAGAGAGUGUUCUAGAUUGCUCAAGCUUAAUGCUAAAGAUUUUUGGAAACAAGUGGCUAGUGAUACUUCGCUUCAUGCUUUUCUUGAAAGUUUCUUGAAGUAUAGAAGUAGAUGGUAUGACUUUCCUUAUCGUGGAGCCAAGGGAAUAGUUGCAGGAGUGAUUGUCGGUGAGCAUGAGCUAAACCGACGCGUGUUUAUGAUUCUUUACCGCAUGUCUUCGAAUCGGGAUCCUGGUGCUAAGGCAUCCGAUAGUCUAAGUGCAAGAGAUCAUGCAGUCAUUUUGCAGGAAAAGAAGUUGCUCGACUUGCCUAAGUUGCUAGAUAUAUGUGCCAUAUAUGGUCAUGAGAAUGAAGACCUGACUCGAUUAAUUGUUACGAACGCGAUAAAGGCCCAGCCUUUGAUCCACGACAGUUUUACCGCUGCUAUUUCUCAUUUUCUUAACAUAGUUCAUACCAUGUAUGAGCGCUGCACCACAUCUUUAGAGGUUCUAUUUUCAUCCCGUGAAGUCCAAGACAAUAGUUUCACUCAACUUCAGACAGAUUAUCUUGAGAUAAUGGAUUUUAUAAACGAUGCUAUUGUAUCAAUGGACGCUUUAGUUACCGCUUACAAUUACGCAGCGGUCUAUUUUUCGUCCCCUGUUGAAACAAGUUACGGAAGUGAUGAAAUGGUGAAAAUCUUUGCAAGACUGCAUGAUUCUUUAUUGCCAGCUUUGCAGCAAGGGUUUCGAAUAAUAUUUACCGCAGAAAAAGAUAAACUAGCGGAAGUUGUCGUUAGUCUGAAGAUGUUAGCAUCUAGAAUAGUUAAAUUUAGUUGGAAUUUACUGAAUUUUAGUUACUUAAGUGAAGAAGUGUUUAACGAAAGCGCUUAUUUUCCAUCUUCGUCGAAGAUAUUCCCAGCGCAAGUGGAAGAUCCGGUUAUCCGUUCCGACAUUCUGGUUCAGACGUUUCGGGAAAUAAGCGAAGAAUGUUCAACCGUUCACGAGGGUAAGAACGCAAUGUCAUUGCUACAAAGUGUUGAAAAGAGUUACCAGUUAAUGAGCAGACUCGAGUUAUUAAAGAAUCAAGGGUGGAUCUUGAUGGAUGAUGAACAAUUGCGGUUUCUUUCUGGAAUUAUAUCGGUUGCUAAUGGCGCGAAUGUAUUGCUUUUGCCGUCAAAUAAAGUGGUUGAAAUGGAUGAAGAUAAUGCGAUAACGGAAUCGAAAAUCAGUCAAGUGAAAGACUUGUUUCCUGAUUACGGUAAUGGAUUCAUUUCCGCUUGUCUUGACGUGUAUAAUGACAACCCUGAGGAAGUUAUUCAGAGGAUUCUAGAAGGAACUCUCGAUAAGGAUCUUCAAUCUCUCAAUACUUCUCUAGCGGUGCUGCCGCCCAAAACCGCCGCACCUCCGGUUGGCAAAAAAGAUAAAGGAAAAGGGAAGUUAGUUGAACCCGAACUUGAUUAUGUACCGCCAAAGCCACGUAUCGAGGGUCCAUCUUCGACGUCAUCGUCUUCGGUAGGAAGAUUUGUACGGAAAUCUACAGCGAACGUGCCCGAUUCCGAAAUUCUUAAUUCGAAAGACGAAACAUCAAAAUCUUUUGCUCUUAAAUCACUUCUUGAGUAUGAAGAUGAAUACGAUGAUUCGUUUGAUGAUCUUGGUUUAAGCGUCGGUGAUGCAGGACUUGACGAUUUGAGUGAAAAGGUAACCUCUAAUGAGGUUUCGGCUUCCGAAGCGUCUAAAUGGGGGUCAAGACAAAGGCCGCAAUUUUACGUGAAAGAUGGUAAGAAUUAUAGUUAUAAAGUAUCGGGCUCAGUGGCGGCUGCGAAUUACAACGAAGCGUCGAUAGUGAAUCAAGCACAGAAAGAACUGAUUCACGGGCUCGGGCGUGGAGGUAAUUUCCCAUUAGGUGCGGCACAAAAGGUGAUGGAAGUAAACGAAAGAAAAUAUGUUGGUGAACAGAACAUGGACAAAAAAGACGUUAAUGCCCCUGUGAAAUCGAACAAAGGGCAGUACGAUGAGCAAGGCGGACGUGGGAGAGGGAGAGGAUGGGGUAGGGGCAAUAUUGGAAAAGAACAAAAUGUGAGCGAGUCAAACGAAGGGGAGGGACGUGGGAGAGGGAGAGGAUGGGGUAGGGGUAAUAUUGGAAAAGAACAAAAUGUGACGGAGUCAAAUGAAGGGGAGGAUAGUAACGGGGGUAUUGGUGAACGGGGUAGAGGUGGUAGAGGGAGAGGCGGGCGGAGAGGAGGUGGGAGGAGUAAUAACUAUAGGAAAGACCAAGCUAUGAAAAAACACCUUUCUGGACUCGGCGGGUUUUGAGGGCAUUCGUAAAACGUCGUUAUUUAUAGUUUUUUUUUUUUUUUUUGCUUGCGGUAUAUGAACGAGGAAUGAUAGCGGAAGAUCAUGGUCAUUCGGAUAUGAUCUAAGAGUCAAAAUGUGGGUUCUUUAAAUACUGUGACUUAUGUUUCCUAUAGUAAACCAUCUUCAGUUCUAUAUUGUUGGAUUCAAAGAUUAUAAUACAGUUUGAAAGUUUUUGAUGACAA